AACUUAGAUACGAAGAAGUUAUUAAAAUUUGUGAUAAAGUAAUACAAAUAGAUGAAACUUUAGCUGAAGCCUAUGAUAUCAAAGGUAAGAUUAAUUAUAAAUUUAUUUCCUUUUUGGAAGGAUCUUAGCAAGUUUAUUGAGGCCUGAGGAAGCGAUUUAAUAAUGCCAAAAAGCCAUUCAAUUAGAUUCGAAAAAUUAUGUACCUUAUUCUACCAUAGGUAAAUAAUUAUUGAAGGUUAAUUUAGCUGGCGCACUAAUUUAAUUACGCCGCGAAGAAGAGGCAAUUGAAUAUUGUGAAAUGUCACUUAAGAUUAACCCAAGAGGCGAUAUAGCUCUUGGCAAUAAGGGUAUCACUAAACUAUAUAAUUAAGGAAUUGCAUUAUUUGAUUUAAAUAGGUUUGAAGAAGCUGUUGAGUGUUUUGACUAGGCCCUUUCUAUAAGAUAGAAUCAUCCUAUAAUAAAUUUACUAAUGGGUAUACUUUAUUUUGAAUAAUCAUUUAGGAACUGCUUUAGCGGAAAAUAAUAUGUAUAUACCCAUAUUCAAUUUAGAAAUGGAAGAAUGAAGAGGCCAUUGAGACUUUUGACUAAUUAAUUUCAUUAGAGCCAAAUAAUUAUUAAGCAUUUUAUCAAAAAGGUAAAUGUGUAUUUUACAAUUUUAGGAAGGUCUCUAAUUAAUUCAGGUGGAUUUGUGGAGGCAAUUGUAUCUUUAAAUAAAGCCCUUAAACUCAAUUCAAAUGUUUUUUCAAUUUGGAAUUCUAAGGGUAUAUUAAAUUUGACUAAAAAAUUAGGAAGAUUGCUAUUGAAUAUGAAUAGAUACGAAGAGGCUAUUCUAUGUUUUAAAACUUUAUUUUAAUUAAACUCAAAUGAUAAUGUAGCUAUUGAAUAGAUUAGUAAAAUUUAUAAUCUUAAAUUUUAGGAGAGACAUUAGAGAGUUUAAAUAGAAUUGAAGAAGCCAUUGCUUUCAUUUCUUAAGCUGUAAUAAAUAAUCCGCAAUCUCAUGUUUCAAAAUUUUAGAUGGGUAUAUUUUAAAUCUUAUAAUUAAAGCAAAAACUUUAUUAAGAAUCGGGAGCUUUGAAGAAGCCUUGAUUUUUUCACAAUAAGCCUUAAGUAUGUAACCUUAGAAUCAAUAGUAUUUACAGCUUUAUUGUAAUUAUUUAUAUAAUCUUUAGGCAAAGUUGUAUUUAUGUAGUAAUUGUCAAAAGGAUGUUUGGAAUAAAAUGAAUAAGGGAAUUGCAUAUUAUUGGAAAAUAUUAUAAUACAAAAAAAAACAAAUAUUUCUAAAAAAUUAUUAUUGUUACAUCUUUAUAGAAAUGUCUAUUAAAAAUAUAUGAAUAGUAUUCCUAAUGUUGACUUAAUAAUAAAAUUAUUAAAACAAAAAAUAUAUUUAUUUAAUUAAUAAUAAUAUUAAGAUUGA